AUGAAACCAAAAUCAACCGAAACAAAAGGAGAUAGUGGACCCCAAAACCAAAACAAUGAAAACAAUAAUACGAAAACCAAAAACAAUAAACCGGCACUGGGCUUCUUGAAUCGUAUUUGUGGUAAAAAGAAAAAUACUAAAGACAAAACAGGUACAACGGAAAUAGUUGAAGCUAAGAAAUCAAAUCCAACUAAAACCAUAGAAGGUAAUGAAAACCAAAAUGAAAAUAUUGAAAAUAUUAAUAUUGAACCUAGCCAAAUAGAAGAAAUUCAAGACGAAAUGAGUAAGUUGACUAAUGAGUUAAUAUUUGCAACCUUUUAUGUAAACAUUUAUAAUUUGCAUAUACAAACCUAGGGGAGAGGGGUGGUCCGAGAGUUAGUCCAAAAAAAGGGCAAUUCGAAUUAAAUAAAUGGGUAUUGAUUAAACAUCAAAUAAUCGGAUGUAUCGAAUUGUAG